AUGAGUGAGACAACCGAUCCUGGGAUCGACUCUUCCACUGGACCGGCUAUCAACACUGAAGAACUGGGACCCACAGCGGAGGAAUUGACUGCCAAACAGAGGAAUCUAGACGAUGUAUACGAAAGAGAAACAGAGUCCAGCGAAGACGAAGAUCGCGAAUGCAAACGUCGGAAGACUGUUGAUGCCAACACCUUGGCCAUCAUGGACUAUUCUACUAACAGAUUCGAAGAAGCCGAGAAACUACGCGACAUUCAACGCGCCGAGAAAACGGCUGCCAGCGAGCAAAGACUAAAACUGCUAUAA